AUGGAUCAGAAAACGCAGGCAGGGCCGUUGCCUCAAGAGCCGGAGAGAGAGAAAGAUAACGAGAGGGCGAAAGAGAAGAAAAGGAGGAAAAAACAGGAUGCUGCUGUACCAGAGGUGUCCACCAGGGGCAGUCGCGUUGAGGAACCUAAACAGCAGCAGCAGCAGCAGGAGAUUUCAGUCAAAGAGUGUGAACAUUCGGAAGGCAACAUCAAACAAAAGAUGGGGCUUGGUACAAAACGGACUAAGAGACCACCAAAGACCCUGGAGAACUACGUGUGUCGACCCACUGCUAGGACGUCUCUAAGGCUUAGCCAUGGGAGUGGGCGUGGUAAUCAAGGAGGAAGUGGGGCAGGCAAUUGUGAGGUCAGAGAUGCCAGUCAAUCACAUGGACCUACUCAGGACAACAACAUAAAGGACAGUGACGUAUCACAACCUGAAACCAGUGCAACUCCAGCAAAGCCCUCCAUUGUGCCUCUCUUGACCCCCAAAGGACAUUCUCCUGUUCCAGUUGCCCCCAUUACCACACUGGCUAAAAAGGGUGCUCCAAAACUGGCUUGCAAAGCAGAUUUGAGGAGUGACUCGGCCUUGGAGGGUUCUUCAUACCCAGACUACCUGCAGACAGACGGCAAGCAAACACUUUGUGACAGAAGAUGCUCAUCCACCCCUACUCAUUCCCCGACACCCCCACCUUCCCCAUCAUCUCCAAAACGGGGGGAGCAGGAAUCCUGUCAGGUAGAGGGCACUAAAAUUUAUAAAGAGGAUGACCAGAGAGAAAAGGAUACACAUUCCCUGGGCAAAGGAGCAGGCCCUGCCAUGGAUAGGUUCACCCAGUUAAAUGCAAAUGCUCCUUGUCCCUUAUCAAAAUGUCGAAAUACUAAAAUUCACACGGUUCCCUCAUCUCCAUCCUCCGUUUUCUCCGGUGGAAAUGCCGACACACUCAGUCUGUCCCUGAGUUCUCCAAGUCUGGACCCUAAAAGCUCCAAGAGAACGUCCUGCCCUCCAAAUCGGGCAGUUGUUUCCAAGCACAGGGGAAGUGGCUCGGACAAAGUUUCAUUUAAUCCUGUGUGUACAAAUGUCUCCAGUGAGGCAAGAGUAGACCAAAACACCAGCACCAACAAAUCCCCAUGUCCUGACAACGACACCUCCUCAGCCGUGACUAAUGAGAAGAGCAGGAGCAAAAAUGGUUUGAACCUGAAGCCAAGUCCCUGUGUUCUGUCACAACUGACCCACAACGCCUCAGAGCGAGGGCCCUCUUCCUCCCCGUCCAGUCUGCACAAUGGACAUCCAACUGCUUUGACAGAAUGUAAUACUCCAGUGAAGGGGAAAAAUACAGAGCAAAAGAGUAGUCCUCUAAAAAAACGCAAGGUUCAUCAUCCUCGCAUGGCCAAAGAGGGGAACCAAGACCAAAAGCUGGCAGAGGAGAAGAAAGCUCGCUUAAUUUCUCCUGCUAAUAAAACCACACAGCAGGGGCAAGCAACAGGUAAAAGUCCUGCCUUUCAGCCUAGAAGGGCAUCAGCCUCACCUCUGUAUAGACCUAGACCUGUUGGACGACCCCCCAAAUCCAAACAACUGACAAAUUUGAUAGGCACCUCUGAAACCCCAAGCCUUACACCGCAGCCCAGAAAGAGGGGCCGGCCCAAGAAGGCUAGAUUAGGUGAGCCACUUCAAACCAUUGUUAAGUCUGCAAGACGCCUGGGCCCACCUACACUACACCCAGAAACUGAGAAGAACUUCCUCAAGCCAUUGGCUAGGAAGCGUGGACGGCCUAAACGAACAUCUCCUAUCUUUCCUCAAGGAUCCCAGCCACCCAGAGCAGGAGGAUGUGAUGAAGGAGGGGAAGGAGGAACUCGCAAACGCCCGAAGGGAAAAGACGAACAAGUCCGUUCCAGCAAGAAAGGGAAUAGAAUAAUGAUGCGGAAAAUCAUCAACAAAAUCAAUAAGAUGAGGACAAAAAAGAGGGACCAAGUCCUCAAUCAGGUUCUCUUGGGACAGAGACACUGCGACAGUGUUGAUUUGGCCCAAGAGGGUAGGGAUUUAGAGCUUUCUGGAACCAUCUCAGCUUCCACACACUCCUUAUCCUCCCUCGUGACCUCUUUUGGGGGCAAACUUGGCCCGCAGAUCAAUGUCAGCAAGAGAGGGACUAUAUAUUUGGGCAAGCGGAGAGGUCGGAAGCCUAAGUCUCUGACAAAUUCUGGCAUGAUCUCUGAGAAAUUUCCCUCUGUAAAGUCUCUACAGCCCAUUCCUCCCUCCUCAGAUAAUCUCACUUUUCCAUCGCUGAAGCAACAGCAGCGUGCAAACCAAGCCUUGUCUGGCUCUUUUGAUGCCUCUACGUGUGCCCCACAAGGGUUUUCUACAGCUCUUCCAUCCUCUGUUGACUGUUCUCGGAAACAAUCCUUGCAUUGUAACCAGAAACACCUGUGGCAUCAGCACCACUACCCAAAGACUCAGGGAGGUAUGCCAGCUUCCAGUACGCACCGAACUGAAGUCAAAAAGUCCGCAGCUGUAGAUGAGUCACAAAAUAAGGCGACGAUGCCUAGUGAUUGUGGCAUACAUACAGACACCAGCAGCAUCCUCAACUUGGGCAAGAGGACAGUAGAGAGAGGAAUAGGUAUGGUUCCAGGAUUAGCAUCAGCAAAGACCAGCUGUUCAGCAGAUAGCCCUCUCAAAGGCAAUCGAGUUCCAUCAUCCUCUCCUCUCAUUGGCUCAGGAACACCUCAAGAUCCCAGAGGAACACAUCUUGCCAUUCCUCUUGCAGCUUUAGUUGGUCAGAAAGAGAAACAUAAACAUAGGUGCCACAGGCGGGGCUGCCUUGGGAGGGACAAGCUGAGGAGACGUAAACACAAAUGCAAGAGGAAGUACCUUCAGCUCAGAGCGAGGAGGCAGGACCCAGUCUUCCUAGCUGAAUUAGAGGAAUUGAUCACUAGGCUUAGUGAGAUCCGGAUUGUGCACCAGAUCACUCGAAAAGGGCUUAGGGGUGAGGGGGACACGGGAGGCCGAGAGACCGUAGAUGGCAGAGGUCGUCAUCAUAUUCACCGUUACCUACCAGGAGACCUUCUCCCCACAUUGUUCCAGAUCAACUUUAGUGGGUACUAUUCACCAUACUCUGCCCUCUCGUGCGACUCCUUGCACUGUAUGAGAAAGGCAGAUAUGAAGAGGAAAAGCAGUUGUGCACCUGAGCUAAGUGAAGAAAUGAUGAGGGAUGUUCCCGCUGUACACAAAUUUGGAUUCCCUCUCUCACCAAGUGGAUUCUACCACCCCUCCUACAAAAAUCCAUACCCUUCCACCUCCCUUGGCUUUGGCCUCUAUAGAGGAUAUAACCCACCUACUACACUCUACCCUUCCCAGCCCCUACUUCCCGCAUACAUGCACCCCCAUUCGCCUUAUCCCUUCCUAAAUCCUGCCAAGUUUCUCAGGAAAAAACACAAGAUGCUAAGGCCGGAAUCUGUACACGGGGGAGGUAGGUCUGUAGUGAGGGACCCAAGUUUGACCUCUGACCUCACUUGCGAUUGGCCUUAUAGGCACAAACACUACACCAGGCAGGGGGAGGAGCACAGAGAGGAGGGAGGGAUCCGAGGAGGGGAAGGUGAGGAGGUCAUGCAGCAAAAAAAGUUCAGGAAACCUGGGGCUAGCACCAGAGAGAAUUUGCCUAAGUAUGGCAUCAACACAAACUCCUCUUCCUACUCGUCAUCAGUAGCUACAGAAAAGAGGCCCAAACCCCAAACCACACCCCUGACCUGCCUCCGGCCAUCGCACCUGUCACAAGGGAAUUCCAAAGCCUCGAGGGGAGAUCUCAGCUCCAGCCCGGCCACCAGAGGGUCCCAGGCCUCUGCCGUCAACGUGACCAGCGAGAGCCUCUCUCUCCUGGGCAGAGGAGUUCUCUCGCUGGGAGAAGAGCUUCCAAAGAGGCUGACGUCCGCCGGCAUCAGAUCCGAAAACGCCUCGUCCGUCAGAGGCAAAAUGAGCCGCCUCAACCAGCUCCUCAAGACCAAACGCAUCCAGAGACAGACUGUUACCGGGGGCAACGUGGAGAAAAAAAGAGGACCCGGACGACCCAGGAAACACCCGCUGCCCUCCUCGUCUCCUCCGCAACCUCACUCCAGACAACCCGCAGACGGCGAGAGAGAGAGAGAGGGAGCAAAGAGCAGAGGAGGAGGAAGAGGGAGGAGGCACGACGCUUUGAGUUGGAGUGAGAGAAAGAGAGGCAAGAGGAGGAGAUGGGGUGAACGCGAGAAAGAGGGAUGCCAAGAAGAAGAGGAGGAGGAGGAAGAGGAAGAGGAAGAGGAGGAGGAGGAGGAGGAGGAGAUAGAGAGGAACGAGGGAGACGAAGGAGAAGAGGCGGAGAGUCACGUCCCCCCAGCUUCCACUGGCCAGCCCUCAUUAUAUGAGGUCCCACCCCCAGCUAAAGACAGCCGACAGGAGAGGAGACCUGAUCGGCCACCCAGGAAAACAUACGAGUGGGCGGGGCUAUAUUCAGAUGUUUACAAAACAGAAAAUCCUUGUUUUCAGAUCCCACAAAUAAGCACUGAGAGACUUGAAUACAAUCCAGAAGAGCAUGAAUACGGUCUGCUUCCUGCUCCUAUACACGUGGGAAAGUACCUCAGACUGAAGCGGAUUGACUUCCAGUUGCCCUAUGACGUCUACUGGCAUUGCCAACACAAGCAGCUUCGGAAAAGGACAGGAAAAGCUGGUCCUCUACGCAGGGCGAAAACAAACAAUGUGGUUGAGUGUGUAAGAUCGAUCCCUCAGACUGAGGGCAGUGGUGUCAGCCCUAAACCUCCAGAGGACAGAAUGACCCAAAGCAGCAGGCUUCCUGAUGUGGAGGGCGGAGACAGAGACAACAGCAAUGUCUCAGUCACAGAAACUCACACGACCAGUUUCCCAUCACAAGGACAGGAGGGAGGCAGUUCCAGUGAGCAUGUUCCCCCUGCUCUCCUGAUGGAGCCGCUCUCCAGCACUGACAGGUCCUGCAGGCCAAUCACUUGCAGCCCCUCUGCUGAGCCUGUGCUCCAGAAAGAGAAGUAUGAAAAUGGAAACAGUACUGUACAGAAACAGAUCCAUUCAGGCAGUUAUGACAGCCUGGAGGCAUUCCACACAGACAUGCUCAAAGUCUUCCACUGUGCGGAGAAGUACUAUGGUUGUAGUUCCCCUGUUGGCCGUGAUGUGUCUCAACUGAGGGAAGUCUACCACACAGCCCAGGAGGAGGAGUCAACUCAAAUCAGCAGCAAUCUACCAGAGACUGCCAGCCACGCCCACAACCCCGCCUCAUAA